AUGGUAGUGUGGGUAUUUGGGUAUGGUUCCUUGAUCUGGAAAGCUGGGUUUCAAUAUGAUGAACGUGUUGUUGGUUUCAUCAAAGGCUAUCGACGUGUCUUCUACCAAGGCUCUACUGACCAUAGAGGGACCCCUGAGUUUCCUGGAAGAACAGUGACCCUGGAGCCUGCUGAAGGAGAAAUAUGUUGGGGAGCUGCUUACAUGAUCUCGAAGAAAGAAGAUGCAGAUUCUGCAUUAACGUAUCUGGAAGUAAGAGAGAAGCAAUACGACAAAAAGGAAUACCUUGACUUUUAUACUGACCUUAACGCUACAUCUCCAGCUGUUUCUGGAGUGAUGGUAUACAUAGCAACUCCAGAAAAGAAAUCUAAUGUAAAUUAUUUGGGCCCUGCAUCUGAUGAAGAGAUUGCGAGGCAAAUAAUUAAGGCUGAAGGUCCUGCAGGACCUAACAGAGAUUAUCUUUUCAACCUUGAAAAGGCCCUUCUUCAAAUAGGAUGCAAAGACAAACAUGUUAUUGAUCUUGCAAAUGAAGUCAGGCGUAUUCUUGAAGAGGAACACUGA